GGUUUCAUUGAGUUUAGGAUAUCAAAUCAAUUGCAAGUUGAUAUAUUUUUGAAAGGAAUGUCCAGCAUCUUUUGUCUGUACGUGUCAUUUUGAGUUGCUUAUCUGGUUUGAAAACAGUUGUACAGUCAGUCCUGCAUUUGUAGCAUGUAGGAGCAGGUUGUGACGCAACUCUGCAACUCUGAAGAAUACGUUUUUAAAAAGGUGAUGCUUUUGUGACUCCUGGCUGCAUGAAGGAACCAAUGGAACCUAUACCUGUAUGUGCUACAACAAAAAGUUCUCAAUUUGGGUGUUAAAGAUUUUUUGGUUGUUUUUCAUUUUUAAGGAGUUUUAAUUGAGCCAUCAUGGGUGAAUGGAGUUUCUUAAGCAAGCUAUUUGAAGUCCUUAAAGACUACACCCCUAUGCUGGGACACUUUUGGCUUCUUCUCAUGCUGAUUUUUCGCAUCUCGAUUCUCGGAACAGUGGCCAGUGACCUAUUCCAGGAUGAACAAGAAGAAUUUGCUUGUAACACCCUUCAACCUGGAUGCAAGCAAGUGUGUUAUAACUUGGCAUUCCCAAUUUCCCAGUACAGAUUUUGGGUUUUCCACAUUGUUCUGAUUGCUACUCCUUCUUUGCUUUUUCUAAUGUACCAUCACCAUCACAAGAACAAGAGUGAUACAUCCACCAGCAAUCAAAGUAGUUGCAUUGACUACAGAGAGGUCAGGAAACAAAGGUUCUACUUGGUCAGUGUGGCUUUCCGACUUGUUGCUGAAAUUGUCUUUUUGGUUACACAGUGGUUGGUGUAUGGUUUCAAAGUUGAAGACCGUUUCCCGUGCAUGCAAUUCCCAUGCCCUUACACUGUAGAUUGCUUCACAUCACGUCCUACUGAAAAGACAAUCUUCCUAUGCUUCUACUUCGUUGUGGGGCUGGUGGCAGCAAUUUCCAGCUGUGCAGAACUGUUUUACAGCUCAUUGAAGUGGUUUUGUACAAGCCAGGAGCACGAGCAAGACUGUGACUGUCAAAAUCGGCACAAUAUUAAGCGGGAGGGUGAAGAGGAGAAGCUUCAAGUGAAUGUCCAAUGUGCCAGCAAUGUGAAGCUAAAGGGGGCAUCUCUGAGUAGUAACACACCCAGAAAGAUCAACAAUCCUAGACAGAAACAUAAGCCUGGAAGGUUUGUGAGCACAAGAGCUCUUACAGUAUAACUUACUACUACUACUACUAGUACUACAUCCAUAGCAUACUCCAUACAACUGUUCAACAACUCACCCUUAUGUAAUAGAUAACUUUAUGUCUUGUCCAAGUCACCAUUUUCAUCUUUGUUGUUUAUUCUUACCUCACCACCACCUUUUCUAUAAUGCCUAUAUUUUGUAUUUACUAUAUUUUAUUUUGUUCGAUUUGUACAUAAACAUGUCUGUAUAUUUGUGCCUUUUUUUCUUUACUGUUUUUUUUGCUACUUUCAUUAUUUUUAAUUUUGAGUUUUAUUUUCCGCUCUUUGUUGUUCCUUUCUAAUGUGCGUGCUGUGUAAUUUCUCUUGUGGAUCAAUAAAGUUUGUCUGAUUCUGC